CGUUGGGGGCAGAUUUUCUAUUCAGUCACAAUGAAGCAAAACGGGAAUGCAAUGGGAACCACUAAAACAAAAAAGUGUUUUCGGAUGAUAUGGAGAUCUUGCAAUCUAUGCAUGUGUCUCUUUUUCGCUUUAGCGAGCUAUGUGCAGAUAAAUGACCCUGACGCUGGCUUGUGGAUGGCUGGAUAUGCCAUUCCUGCAGGUUUGUGCUUAUUGAUAAGCUUUAAUCCACAUGUAACAGAGGCGUUGCUAUGGAGGAGGCUGGCUGACCUGCACACACUCAUCUCUGCAGCUGUGGCCGCUAUGUUGGGAUGGACUCUCCAUAAGGAAGGUGUUAAGCAUGUCCUCCAGCAGGAGAAAGGAAGGGAAUUCUCUGGGCUAGUGUUGACAGCGGUCUGGCUUCUCCUGUGUCGCCAUUCUGGAAGGAAUCCGAUUGGUGCCCUCAGAGCAUGCACGGCAGCUGCCAUCACAGCAUUCCCAUUUGUGACAUGGCUGUACUACUACAUCAACAAAGACCUAAGGGCUGCCUGGCCCUCACACUGUAAAACAGCGCUGUAGAUAAGCAAACCACAGUGAUGUGGCAUGCAAAAAACCCCCACUACAAAGCAGGGAAGUGGAAAGGUCAAAGGGCACAAAAAGAUUAAGGGGGAAACGAUUAAGCAACAAACCCACCAGCAAUUAUGUCUGUCAUCUUUUGUUAUCAUCACACAAAUCAGAUUAACAGGCAAGCCAAAAACAUAAGUCAACUACUUGAUAGGUAAAUGUAUUGCUGUCAGUUUCUGCAUUUGAUAUGGCUUUGCUUAGCAACCUGCAAA